CUCGAUCGUUUUCCAACUUGUUCGCCGAUGUUAGUCCUUUUUCUUGCCGAUUAUUCAAUACGAAUCUUAAUUUACUAGCAUCGCUAUGAUUUGGGGUUUUGAAAUCAAGCAACUGAGAUGGAGCGCUAUAAUUCUAGGGAUUUCGAAUAUGUUUUUGAUAAUCAUCAGCCUCAUUUUAAUCACUGCAGCUUACCCGGACUGUGUAAUUGGAGAUAUUGUUCCAUUUCUUGUGAUUUUCUUUGUUUCGUGUUUGAGAAUGGCGUCAAUGAUUCCGAUCGCAAUGGCGCAGAGAGCUACGGCCAUGACGAUUAUUAAUACUCCUUCUGAAACACGUGCUGUUGGAACCCUAAUUCGGCGUCACCAGCGGAUUAGGUACAUGAAGUGGAUACGGUGGACCCGGUUUGCUUUUGUAAUUACAGUGCUGCAGUUUAUGGGAGCAAGUUACCUUCUAAUCAAUGUUUCAAAAAAUGUUUUUAAAGAUCGAACUCCAAAUGCAUGUGUAUUAGAGCUUCUUUCAACUAACACCACAUGGCUGCAUAAUAUGGCGGUGGUAUUUGUUAUCAUGGUGUGUUAUGUCACACUGGUACAAUGUUAUUCCGGAUCUGAUGUCCUAAGAUGGAGGUCUUUCUACACGAACGAAAACAAAGCAUGGAAACACCAUUAUCGAGAGGUAUUUGAUCAAGGACUUCGUGAAGCAUUGUGCUGUAUGGGACGUGUCAAAUACUUGACUGUAAUGGAAGAAGAUGAAGUUUUCUCAGUGGCACAGUUACUAGGAGACCUUGUUUCUUAUCGUGCAUCUGGGACAGGGCAUCUAGAACUCUUGGCAGGCCUAGCUUUGUUGCAAAGGGAAAGCCUAAUGCCUAAAUAUCAAGAGGAAACUGUGGAGGCACCUGAAGAACUAAUUCAAGGAGCUGCUGAUUUUCAUCCAUUCGCUGAAGCUGCCUAUACGGGCCUUUUACUUGAUGUUGGAAGGAAUCCUGUAUUGUUUCUUUGUGCAUGGUUGUAUAGGCAAGGGAUUUUGACCCCUUGGACUUGGAAUAGGCUUCCCAAACUCGAAGGUGACAAUUGGUGGCGAGGUCAUGCAAGUGCUUUUCUGAGAUAUGUAAAUUUGCCUGCUGAAGUGCUUCGACAAGGCCGUGUUUGUCAGGCAAGGUGUGAAGCUGCAUAUUUUGUUGUGGUUCUCCAUCAUAUAAAAUCUGUUGUGAUAUGUGUGCGUGGAACUGAAACCCCAGAAGAUCUCCUAACUGAUGGUUUAAGUAGGGAAUGCAUGCUUGCUACAGAAGAUAUAGAUGGUUUGAUAUAUGAUAAUCUUAUUCCGCCAGGUUCAGCAUAUUAUGGGCACUCUGGUAUAGUGGAAGCCGCGAGGGAUCUGUAUGUGCAAAUUGAUGGAAAUCCUGGAAACAAAGAAUUCCAGGAAGGUGGAUUGCUUACGUCAUUGCUAGGAGCUGGAUGUGAGUGUGAAGGGUACAACCUUCGUGUUGUGGGACAUUCGCUUGGAGGAGCUAUUUCUGCACUGCUAGGAUUGAAGUUAUAUGGACGUUAUCCACGAUUACAUGUAUAUAGUUAUGGGCCGCUUCCAUGUGUAGAUUCAGUCUUAGCAAAUGCAUGUUCAGGUUUUGUGACAAGCAUCGUGUAUGAUACUGAAUUCUCAUCACGCCUUUCGGUUGCUUCAAUCAUGAGGUUACAGACAGCUGCCAUGCUGGCACUAUCAAAUGAUGCAGAUGCUGAUUCAGCCGUAAUUCAUAAACUUGCUCGUCGGUUUCUUUCAGUAAGCACCUAUCUGUGGACCAAGCCUCAGGAAAAGCCUCCAGCUUCAGAGUUGAAUCCAUUGCCACUGAGAAGAGAAAGCAAGAAGUUUAAUCGGGGUGAACUUUUGCAUGUGAGCAUCCAGGAACCAGAUGAACGUUUCAGCCUUUGGCAUGGUAUGGACAUGGACGAUAGUUCAGAUGAUGAUGGUGGUAUAAUUGAUUCAUCAGAAAGAUUCUCUAAUCCUUUUUAUCAGUCUCCUGAUAAUCUUGAUUCACGUGAUAAUCUCGUAACACGGUUUAUGGAAGCUAUGCCAUCACGAAAAGGCCAGUCGUCUGAGAACUUCAGAGAAAUGUUUUUGCCAGGUGUGGUCAUUCAUAUAGUACCUGAGAAGAAAAAGUUUGAUAUGCCUCUAUAUAGACGAUGGAGCACACCCGAUGCACGAUGUGGGUAUGAAGCUUAUGUGGCUAACAGGGAAGCCUUCAUGGACAUGAUUGUUUCACCUUAUAUGUUCGUUGACCACCUACCCUGGAGAUGUUCCCAUGCGCUGAAGAAAAUACUUGAAAAGCAAAAGCUUGAACAAGACCCUGUUGGUGUGAGUUUAAGACCACGCUGAACUAAUACAUUUCAACCAAUCCCUGGGCCAACAAGGUACCAAUCUGAGAAGCCCAUACAUAGUCUACAGGUAUCCAUCCAUCCAUUCAUAUCUAUACUUUCUCUGAUUCAAAGCUUGGAUCAUUUGCCAUAGUAACAUACUUAACAGAAUCACUAACCAUAUUAACACCUACCAUGAUAAGCUCAGAAAUGUAGGAUGCAGUUUAGUAGCGUUAGUUUUCAGUAAAGAUUUGAACGAUAACUGUAGUACUGAACCUGUAUUAAGAACAAUUAGGAGUUGCAUCGUAUUAUGUAGUUGAAACCGCCAGAUUCGUAUAGCAAAAGCACAAUUUUUGCUC